AUGGGUCUCUUCAACCGUAAAUCAAAGCCCGUGACCAAGGAACACCGUACAGCAAGCAAUGAUACCGCAGAAAAGGCCAAUGGCACCAACGGCACCACUCCUCCCCCCGGAACGUCCAACGGCGUCCUACCUCAAUACAACCACAACAACCAUGAAGUAACUCGAGGUAUCAACCCCGAUGGCGAGAGCGGUCGAAAAGGUUUCAGCCCGAUCCAUUUCCUCAAGAUCACCUGGAGAUCCUCGUGCACCGCCUCCCGUAUCGUCAAUGUCCUAUGGCCUUUCGUCCCCGCCGCGAUCGCUCUUCACUUCGUCAAGGGAGACCACCAUCUGUGGACAUUUGCCGUUAAUUACAUCGCCAUGGUGCCCGCUGCCAAUCUGCUUGGUUUUGCUGGUCAAGAAUUCGCCCGAAAACUGCCCAGUGUCGCCGGUAUCAUCAUCGAGACAAUGCUUGGUGGUGUGGUCGAGAUUGUCUUGUUCAUGGUUCUCAUCGCCAAGGACGACGGGACUGGUCAACCUGGACAUGGUAAUAAAAUCCUCGUCAUCCAGGCUGCGAUUCUCGGUUCGAUCCUCACCAACUUGUUGCUCUGUCUGGGCUCCUGUUUCUUGGUAGGUGGCAUGAAGCACAAAGAACAGAAAUUCCACCCAGCUAUCAGCGAGGUUGGAUCUGGUCUGCUUCUGGUUGCGGGAUUUGCUUUGCUGAUUCCAAGCGCAUUCUUCUCAUCUCUGAGUGGAAGUACCGUCCCCGAGGGACAAGAAGGUUACACCGAGACGCUUCUCCGGCGGGACACACAAAGCAUCAGUCAUGGCGUUUCCAUCAUUCUCAUCAUCUCGUUCCUCCUCUACCUCGUCUACAACUGCGUGUCUCACGAUAAUGUCUUUGAGGAAGUCCUGAAAGCCGACGAAUUGGCAGAUAGGGAUCGCCAUAAGGAUCUUCGAAAGGCCAAACUCACCAUGACGGAGGCCAUCAUUGCAAUCCUCAUCUCACUUACCUUUAUUUCACUGAUCGCGGUGUUUUUGGUCGCAGAGAUCGAAUAUGUCGUCGAGCACGGUGUUCCAGACACUUUCCUCGGCCUGAUCCUCGUUCCUCUCGUCGAAAAGGCUGCAGAGCACAUCACCACCAUUGAUGAGGCACAUGACAACCAAAUGAAUUUCGCCCUUUUCCACUGUCUCGGCCCCUCGUUGCAGACGGCGCUCUUCAACGCUCCACUCGUUGUCAUCGUCGGAUGGGGUCUACACAAACCCAUGGAUUUGAAUUUCGAGAUCUUCACCGUGGUUCUGCUCGUCCUCUCCAUCUUGGUGGUGGGCAAUUUCUUGCGUGAUGGGUCGUCAAACUAUCUCGAAGGUGCCCUGCUCGUGGUAAGUGAAAUCCCCGACGUGAAGAGAUUCGUUGCUGGUUCAAAACUGAUUCUUCGUUGCGUGAAGGUCGUCUAUGUCAUCAUUGCGGUGACUGCGUACUAUUAUCCGAACGCCGAAUUGACCACUUCCAACGGCCGUGCUGCGGCCGAGGGUGGAGAGACUGUCGAGCAUGCAAUUCGGAUGUUGAUGCACUGA